GCGGGGCGGACGCGGAGCCGCGGUUAGUCUUGCGCGGCGGUGGUGAGCGCGUGAGGUAUCCUGUGCCGUGUCUCUUGCAGGUAGGCAGCAGCAGCAGGAGCGGUAGCCUCUGUGUGAGGGAGCCAUGAAGCAUUACGAGGUGGAGAUUCUGGACGCAAAGACUCGGGAGAAGCUGUGCUUCCUGGACAAGGUGGAGCCCCAAGCCACCAUUGCAGAGAUCAAGAACCUAUUCACCAAGAGCCAUCCGCAGUGGUACCCUGCCCGCCAGUCCCUCCGCCUGGACCCCAAGGGCAAGUCCCUGAAGGAUGAGGAUGUUCUGCAGAAGCUGCCCGUGGGCACCACGGCCACACUCUACUUCCGAGACCUGGGGGCCCAGAUCAGCUGGGUCACGGUCUUCCUGACGGAGUAUGCGGGACCCCUCUUUAUCUACCUGCUCUUCUACUUCCGAGUGCCCUUCAUCUACGGCCACAAAUACGACUUCACGUCCAGUCGGCACACAGUGGUGCACCUCGCCUGCAUCUGCCACUCAUUCCACUACAUCAAGCGCCUGCUGGAGACACUCUUCGUGCACCGCUUCUCCCACGGCACCAUGCCCUUGCGCAACAUCUUCAAGAACUGCACCUACUACUGGGGCUUUGCUGCAUGGAUGGCCUAUUACAUCAACCACCCUCUCUACACACCCCCCACCUACGGAGCUCAGCAGGUUAAACUGGCACUCGCCAUCUUUGUGAUCUGCCAGCUCGGCAACUUCUCCAUCCACAUGGCCCUGCGGGACCUGCGGCCAGCUGGGUCCAAGACCAGGAAGAUCCCAUACCCCACCAAGAACCCCUUCACAUGGCUCUUCCUGCUGGUGUCCUGCCCUAAUUACACCUACGAGGUGGGGUCCUGGAUUGGCUUUGCCAUCAUGACACAGUGUCUCCCAGUGGCCCUCUUCUCCCUGGUGGGCUUCACCCAGAUGACUAUCUGGGCCAAGGGCAAGCACCGCAGCUACCUGAAGGAGUUCCGAGAUUACCCACCCCUGCGCAUGCCAAUCAUACCCUUCCUGCUCUGAACGGCUCCCCCACACCCAGGCGCAGCCGCGCGGGCUCGCAUCCCCCUACCCAGGUGUCAUUCUAGGGGAAGAAAGGGAACCACUGCUCUCCAGCAUCUGGAAUAAAACCUAUCUGCCCAGCUGGA